AAAAAAACUGAAUUCUUAUUUUAAUGUCAACCGUGUUGUUGCGACACAUAAUUUUAUUAAAUAAUUCCUGCUGUGAGCUGGGGGGCACUGGAAGUGCCGCCGCAAAAUCGUCAAAAGGGCGCAGGAGCGAAACGGAGGGGAAGAGCAGCGAUAAAUAAAGGAAAUAAAGUGCGCGUGAAAUAUGGUACGUAAAUGCGACCAGCCCGUCACGCCAGUCAGUCUGGUGGUCGGCAGCGGUAGGGUCGGACGGACAUGGCCUCACCACCCAAUUGAAAAAGUUUCUGCUGAUUCCUGAGACCGUCGAAGACCACAGUGGUCUGCUCUGCUGACAAUCAUGGGGGCGAUGCACCCCUCCAACAGGCGCGAAGUGAACCGCUCCGAUAGCGAGAAGGAGGAAGUAAAUUUUGAUCACUUCCAAAUCCUGCGUGCCAUUGGAAAAGGCAGUUUUGGGAAGGUUUGCAUCGUUCGGAAGAGGGACUCGGGCCAGCUGUACGCCAUGAAGUACAUGAGCAAGGCCCAGUGCCGGCUGCGCGACGCUUUAAAAAAUGUCCUCCGCGAAGUUGAAAUCCUCGCCUCAUUAGAUCACCCUUUUCUCGUCAACUUGUGGUUCUCCUUUCAAGACGAGGAGGAUUUAUUUCUGGUGACGGAUCUGAUGCUUGGCGGGGAUUUGCGGUACCACCUCUCUCAAAGGGGAUCUUUUUCCGAGUCAAGUGUUACCUUGUUCGUUUACGAAUUGUCCCUGGCGCUGGACUAUUUGCAGUCAAGAUCAAUUGUUCACAGAGAUAUAAAGCCGGACAAUAUUCUGCUUGAUGAAGAAGGUCAUGCACAUAUCACAGACUUUAACAUAGCGUCAGUUUUAGAAGAGGGUCAGCUGGCUACAUCAAUGUCAGGCACCAAGCCUUAUAUGGCUCCGGAAAUUUUUGCGUGCGCCGCCGACGAGUGCGUUGGGUACAGUUUUGCGGUCGACUGGUGGUCACUGGGGGUUGUGGCCUUUGAGCUCGUGUGCGGGUCGCGGCCCUUUGACAUCCACUCUUCCACCUUGCUGAGCGACGUUCAGAACAUUUUGGCAACGCCACCUUCCCAACCGACUGAUGUCAGCGACUGCAUGUGGGAACUUCUGACCAGGCUGCUGAGUGCUCGACCUGGCGAGCGACCUUGUUCAUUGCAGGAACUUCCCUUGACAAGCCUACUGCCCGGCUCGGACAAAGAGACUAUUCUCAGCAAAUCUCUCACGCCCCAGUUUACUCCACCAAAGGGCCACUUGAACUGUGAUCCGACCUUUGAGCUGGAGGAAAUGAUAAUUGAGGCGCGGCCCUUGCACAAGAAGAAGAAAAGGCUAGCCAAGCAGCGUUCCAUCCGCGAAAAUCAGCCCAGCUUGGAUUUGGACCCAGAUCUGGCCGAUCCCGAAUCUCCGACAAUGAUCUCCGAGUUCAGGAUUUUCAAUCGUGAACGUGAAAUUGAGCGGAAAGAGCGCGAGGAGCGAGAAGCUGCUUGGGAACAGGAACUGAUCAAGGCGAUGAAUGCAAGUGGACUGUCGUCGAUCCCCAUCAAGAAAUCUACGGCAAUGUCUCUGGAAGAUGACAUGUUGCUAGAGGAAGUGGAGGAGGAGAACGAUGAGACUGAGCCGCGUGAAGAUGCAUUUGAACCAAGUACAUUGUUGUGCAGCUCAAGCACCUCGUUGGACGCAGAAGACAAAAAGUGACCAAGGAUCGAUUCGAGCGAUGAGAAACUCAUUUAACCAAUUUGGAGCGCUUGAUGUGCGUGUGAGCAGUGCGGAGUUACGCAGAUGGUAUAUUUUUUUCCCCAAAUUUUCAUUUUCAACGUGCUGGAUUAUUUUUCUAAAAAUGUAUUUUGGAGCGAGCAACUUUCCUAUUUACCUCUGACCUUACUAAGAACACUCUUGUGCCCUUACUGUGCCCUUAGAUGCCUAUAAUAAAAGUAUUUCAUAACGCUGACAAUUGAAACGAAAAAAGCAUUCUUGUCAUAAACCAAGAUAGGCUUAAUCAAAUGUCACGAACGUCUCUUCGAGUGCCCAAUUCUUCUCUGAAAUACAAUAUUUACCUGAGAAUUUUUGAAGACCCUUAUGAAAGAGGUAUAAAUUUUUUAAACACACUUCUAUACUAGUUGCGUAAACUGUAAUUAUUGAAGCAACAUAUCACUGAUGAAACAAAGAAAACCCAUUUUAAAUCUUCACUAAAAUGGACAUGCUUAAUGCAAAAAACGGGUGAAUUAAAAUUAAGAGAAAAAACUUUGUUUAUUUAAGGACUUCACAUUGGUGUGGUAAAGUCAAAACUUUAUAAAAACAAGAGCUACUUUUUGGCAAUUAUUGGAAAAGUGGAAAUUUAUCCACAAUUUCAUAAAGUCUUGAUUUGACUAUGUCUAUAUAUGCAGUUGGUCAAGAAAAACUUUCAACGUGUCUAGCGCAGUAUAUAUUUGUGAGCGCCCAAGUCAUCUAAAUUGUUCAUCAUCUCUGGCGUUGGCCUCCAGUCAUAAAAUUAUUGUAUAAAUCUAUGUACCAGUAUUCAAGUAAACAACUUUACUUUAAUACGGGCAUAUAUAUUUUUGGACUAGAACCAUUCUCAUUCUAAAGCAAAAAACUACUCUUGAGAAAUGGACGGAAAAAAUGGCUAAAAUGCUUCAGAUCGAAAAUAAUUAUCAGAUAUGUGAAGUUGAAAUUACUACACAAACUACUUUCCUGUGCCUAAUAUUAUUUGUUGAGCUGAUUAGUUAAGAGGGUCCUUGCCAACAAUAGAAGCGUUCUUAUCAACAUAUUUUGGAUGCAGUUUGACAAAAUAUAUUUGCACUUGAAAAAACCUAUAGGUAGGAAUAUCAAAUUUUCAUAUAGAUUUUUUUGCACAAAAUUCAAAGUUGGCACAAAGCACGAAUCGAAAAAAAAUUGCACAAUAUUGAUGUUAAGUAAAUUAAAGGAACUUUUGAUUUAUUCACAAUAUCACAUGUAAAUUGGAGCUAAAAAAGUAUGCAUCAAAGUGCAUUUUUCCUAGAACACAAUCAAUGCGGGACGUGGAACACAAAAGGAUACAGAUGAUGAUUUGUGAUAUACAAGCUUGCUUUUACUGUGGACUUGAAAUAAUUAUAUUAACGUAUGACUAUGCUAUUAUUGCUACUGUUUGCUAAUAAACAUACAAUGUGUAUCAU